UUUGGAACUAGUUCCGAUCCGAGGCGCACGCGGUUUUUUGUAUUUAUAAACAACAUCAGAAAUCAUGCUGACUGGUAUCAGCGAAAAAAGCUAUGCAGCGGAGGCACGCUAUACAAAUUUCUACGCCGGCGGCGAUAUUGCCUGGAGCGCGGAUGGUCAUCAUCUGUUUUGCCUGAAUGGUGCUGCCGUAAACCAGGUGGAUGUGACAACCUCCCAAAUUCUGCGGAGCUUUGGCGCGGAUGCCUCGUCGACGGAAAACAAAAGAGCGACGGAGCUGGAAAACAUCGAUGUAGAGGAGGACACCAUUACCUGCUUUGCUCUGUCCCAGGAGCAUCUGGUCACUGCCCACCGGAGUGGCCUGCUUAGACUUUGGCAGCUGAUCGACGGUAAGUUGGUGAAGUUGUGGAAGGCACAGCACAAGGGACCCGUCAUCCGGGUAGAGUUUAGUCCAUGCGGCAGACUCAUCUGCACUAGUGGCGGUGCGGAUGCGACACUGAGGCUAUGGGAUUACUCGAACAAUAGCUGUCUAGGCGCCCUUAAGGAUUUCCCAGGCCCUGCUUGGCUUCUCGUUUUCCAUCCCAAUGUACUGCGCAAAGAGAUCUACGCCGCAGGUGCAGAUAACACGGUCUAUGCGUGGAACUAUGAGACCAAGACGCUGUUGCACAAAAUGCGUGGACACCUCUCGCAGGUCACGGGCCUGAGCUUUAAGAGCAAUGCGUCCGACUGUAAUGAUAUCGCGACAGUAAGCAGGGACAAGGUUCUUAUCGUAUGGCAACUUGGGGAGCAGUUAGAAGGCAAGCAGCUAAAAGUCCUUCCAUUGUACGAGGAAUUGGAGGGAGUUGUCUACGCGGAUGAGGGACGCCAGAUAAUCGUGGCUAGUGGUGCGGGCAAGCUGCAACAGGUGGACGUCGAGUCUUGGAAGAUUAGGAACCUUCUCUCCCAAUCAGACUUUCAAAUUAGUAGACUGCUACUCUGCACCGAACUUAAACAGCUGGCCCUGGUCACCACUGAGCAGAAUAUCCUGAUAUAUGACGCUGGUAGCUUGGAACCCGUUAAACACUUAGUGGGUUGCAACGACGAGAUCUUGGACAUGUGCUUCAUGGGCGACAAUGAUCGCUACCUUGCCGUAGCAACCAACAGCAAACACUUUAAACUGUAUGACACGGAGCACGAUAUGAACUGCAAGCUGAUCGUCGGACACACGGAUACGGUUAUGUCCUUGGCUGCCUCCCAGAACUUGCUUAUUUCCGUAGGCAAGGACUGCAGUGUACGGCUGUGGAGGCUUCAGCACGAAAAAGAUUGCUCGUUGGAGGCUUUAACCCAACAGGCCAACUGCCACACGUCCACUAUUGGAUGCGUGGCCAUGACACACAACGGCGCCACUGGCUUUGCAUCUGUUAGCCAGGAUGGCAGCAUGAAGGUGUGGCAACUGGCCAGGGACAAGGUUGAUCGGAAUUCGUACUCGUUUAACCUGCGCUAUGCAGCACUUUCCCACGAUAAGGAAGUGAACUGUGUGGCAUAUGCACCAAACAACAAGUUCAUUGCAACAGCUUCACAGGACAAAACAGCUAAGGUGUGGUUGGCGGAGUCAAACUCGCUGCAGGGCGUGCUUCGGGGUCACACCCGCGGGGUGUGGAGUGUGCGCUUCUCACCGGUGGACCAAAUCGUGCUCACCUCAUCUUCUGAUUGCACUCUGAGGCUGUGGUCUAUCAGCAAUUUCGCGUGCAUAAAACGUUUCGACCAGGAGUGCACCAUACUACGAGCUGAGUUCUUGGAUCAUGGUAAAUUUAUACUCUCCGCCGCUUCAGACGGCCUUCUUAAACUGUGGAACAUCAAGACCAACACGUGCCUGCAAUCCCUGGAUGAGCACAACGACAGGGUGUGGGCUCUUGCUGUAUCCGGCAGGAGCAAUCGGUUCUUCUACACUGGUGGGGCCGACUCCAAGCUGAUUCGAUUCGGUGAUAUCACCCAGGCAACGCGUAACGAAGUCCUGGACCAGCGGCAGGCGACCUUGGAGCAGGAGCAGACACUCCACUCCCUCCUGCACGCGCAGAAGCAGCUUCACAAAGCAUUCGUUUUGGCUUUGAACCUGGAUAAGCCGAAAGCCAGCUUUGACAUUAUCAACCACUUUGUUCGGCAGCGGGAUGAGCCUGGUCUCCGCCAACUGGUGGACCAAUUAAACGUGGACCAACGGGUGGCGCUGUUGCAGCAUGUAAAGGCAUGGACCACCAAUUCGCGACACUCGCAGGUGGGUAACCUGAUACUGAAGCACUUGAUCGGUGAUGCUCUGCAGGAUCCCAAAGCAAGAUUCUACAACAAUGGCAACAUGGUCGAGGUUCUCACACCCUAUGUCCAGAGGCACUUUAAGAGGGUCACCGAACUGAACAAGGAGCUGGCCUUCCUGGAAUUCAUUGUCAAGUGCAUGUAGAAUAUACAUAGUUAUGGAUUUUCAUUUUCCAAGCUUGUUGUAAUCUAACUCAGUUUAAUUAGUUUUAGGAAAAUAAAAUGUACAAUUUCCAUAA